AUGGCAGAAGUCCCAGUAAUCCAAAUCCUCGACAAGAAGGAUUUCUUCAAGCAGGCCCUCGUGCCGCUCCCAAACGAGCUGCCGCUGCCGCCCUUGGCCGCCUCCUCCCUGAGAAUCAAGACCGAAGUAAUGUGUCUGACCAUGAACAACUUCACCUACUGCAAGCUCGGCUCGCUGCUCAACUGGUGGGACGUCCACCCGCUACCGGCCUCGACGCUGGCGCCCUACAACGACGCCGACACCUACGGCCGCAUCAACUGCUGGGGCUACGCCCGGGUUCUCGAGUCCACCUCCGCCGCCGCCCCGCCCGGCAGCUACCUCUGGGGCUACCUCCCGAUCGGCACGCUGCCGCUCGACAUGGAUGUCCGCGCCGGCGCCGUCCCGGGCCAGGUCCUCGUCACGAGCGCUUACCGUCAGCACCUGAUGCCAAUCUACAACCGCUACAUCGUGGUCCCCGACCCCGAAGCACUCUCGGCCGAGAUCGCCCGCAGGGCCGACGGCGUCGCCUACGAUGCCCUGCUGCGCGUCAUGCACGAGACCGCGUACCUGCUCUCGGCCUUCGUCUUCGCGCCCGACCCGCACGCGACCGUGCCGCCUGGCCCGGACCCGACGGGCUGGGGGGCGGGGAAGGCAGAUCUGGACGAUGCGACGGUACUGGUGUUCGCGCCCGGGUCGAAGGUCGCGCUGGCUUUUGCGCACGUCCUGCGCUCGCCUGCGCGCACGGGCGCGAAGCCCCGCCGAGUCGUGGGCGUUGCGAGCGAGUGGUCGCGGUCUUUCGUCGAGGGGACUGGGCUCUACGACGCCGUCAUGUCCUCUUCCUCUCAGACCGACCCAGUGGCCGUCCUGGCAGGUCUAGGAGCGGACCCCAAGGACCUGCGUGAUGACAAAGUCGUCAUCUUCGACUUUGGCGGGCGAGGCGGCGCGCCUGCGAAAUGGGCUGCGGCACUUCAGCCAGCGGUUGCCGAGCUCCUGUUCGUGGCCAUCGGCGGGGAGGUGUCGGACCCGGGCAAGGACGAUGGAACAGCGGCGGGAAAGCCGCCGGCGCCACCGUUUGAGAUGGUACAGGCGAAUGCGGAUGAUAUGCGCAGUGCGGCGAUGGGCAAGGUGGGCGAGCGGGCUUACUUUGAGGGCCUGGGGGCGUCGUGGGUGACGAUGCGGGAGGAGGGAGUGAAGGGGUUUAAGGUGCGGUGGGGCGAGGGGAUGGUGGAUGUGAGGGAGGGGUGGGAUGAGUUGGCUCGGGGGCGCGUGAGGCCGGAUGAGGGAUUGGCUUUCAAGCUGUGA